AUGGGGAAAUGUGCCUGCCGAUGCAGCCUCUCGGCGAGGCAGGCAGUUGAAAAUGUACCACCUUUGCUGCUAUACCGCUUUGGGCGAGCGUUACAUGGGACGUUAGGGUGUAAGCUGAUAAUUUUGUUGAUUAGCGUCUGCUUUGGCUUGAAGGGUAUGUUGGACUCACUGACGAUGGAAGCUCUUCUCCCGUUAUCAAAGGAGCUGAAUUUUGACGGGGUGGCGUACCAGCGCAUUUACUCACUAGCUGUGACACCGUAUGCUCUGGUGGGCUUUGUCGGCAGCGUCAGUGACUAUUUUCCCAUAAUGGGAUACCACAAGAAGUACUACAUUCUCAUAACCAAUGUUAUUGGGGGUGCCUGCUCAAUAUGCCUGGUGAUCAUGCCCAAGAGCAUGGCUGGUAGCAACAUUAUUUAUGUGGGCAUGCUUUACUGCGGCAUCCACUUACACAUUGCUACUGCAGACCUGCUCUGUGAGGGAACGUACUGCAAAGUCAUUCAGGCGCACCCCUCGGUAGGGGCGAAACUCAUCGGUUUCGUUUCUAUGUGUAAGUCCCUUGGACACGUUAUGGGAAGAACAGUCGUGGGCCCCAUCAGCGACUAUCUUGGAACGAGGCCGUUGCUGUACAUGGGCGUCCCUCUGGUGCUACAGUCGCUGCUUCCGGCAGCGUGCAACUUUUUAGGCGAGGUCGCAGGCCAAGACAAGGGCUCGAAUACUUUCAUGAAGGAGAAGACUGACAAGGGUGUCUUUUACGUGGCAUUGUUGACGUCACUCUUUGCGUGCGCGGCACUGGUGCUGACUCUUCAGACGUGGGUUGGAUACCCGAUCAUCUUCACGGCAUUCGUUGUUGUUGUCUUGGGAAGUGCCUUCUGGUUUCUUCUUUCCCGGCGCCUUGCUCUAUGCACAAUGUUCUUCUUCGCUGACAGGGUGCUGCACCUCACCAUUUCAGGAGCUGUCAACUUUUAUUAUAUCGCUCCUCCGGAUUGUGUACCAGACGGGCCGCAAUUUGACUAUACCUACUUCUGUACAUACACAGCGUUCGUUGCGGCGGUUGGUUGCUGGUUCGGCAUCUAUGCGUUUCAAAAGUGGUGCAAGGGAUGGAGCGCGAGGGCUAUUUUCUGGUUGUUGAAUUGUGUGCGGAUUCUGGCGGCCCUUUUUGACUACGUUAUGACGAGGAGGCUGAACAUUGCUAUCGGGAUACCCGACAAGGUAAUGUACAUGCUGGGGGAUGCGAUCGUGUUUCACCUGCUCCUAACACUUUCGUGUAUGACGAGCUCCUUGACCAUUGCAAGAUCGUGCCCUCCAAAACUCGAGUCCACGGUUUAUGCUAUUGUGUCGAGCGUGUCGAACCUUGGAAGUACCUGCAGCAAAAUGCUAGGGGUGGUGGCGAUCGAGCUUGCGGAUAUACGCAUGAAACAGGACAUGCCUGGUGGCUGUGACUUCAAAGCCUUGCCGAACCUGAUCCUCGUAUCACAGUGCGUACUGCCGAUGAUCAGCAUCCCGCUCGCGUAUUUCAUGCUCCCAACGGAGCCGCUUAACGCCGCUAUGCCCCCGGGGCACCGACGUAGCAGGCGUUCAAUCGCACCCACGCAGGAUACUGCGCCUUUUGAGGAGCCAGAGGAUGAUGCUCAUGAAGGUGCCACUGGUGGUGCACUUUCGGAAACCUUGGCCAUCCACAGCACCGUGGAAAACAAAGUGGAUGUUGCUGUAGUAGCUGGAGAUACGGGCAGCCGUCCACGCAUCGUCGAAGUGUAG